UUGUGACACUCGUGGCUAGUGUAGCCAAAGAUGCUGUAACAGCAAGAGGAGUAUCUCCCCCAUCCAAUGUGACGCCGCGAAGACCCGGAAAUAACGCGGAGCUGUCGUAAAGGUUAGUUUCAGUCGCAGGAAUUCUAGUGCCUAUUAAGUUGGCUAUCGCAUUACUACCUUGUUUAGCUCAACAACCUCAUAAAUGUAUUUACUUAUGUGACAAUGGUUUCUAUCAGAAAUUUAAAAACAUGGCGUGGAGGUCAGGAAAGUCCAUGAAAAUAGGUUUUUAUAAUAAACGUUACAUUUGUCCUGUGAAAGCUAUGAGAGCGACACCAGGGUGGUUAAUCAAGCAGAGUCCUGCUCAACCAAACCGGAUGUUCGUAACAGCGAACGCUCUUGUGUCCCAACGAUCCGUUACACAAAGAUGUCCCCGGGUACAUCCGGGUUAGCAGUCCCUCCAAAACCCUUCUUGAGAUGAAAAAGCGUUCCGGGAGUCUGCGGAAACUUAGAAGUGAGUUUGGAGAAUUACUGGAAUUUACCAUUAACUUCUCUUCUGAAAAAUAUUCACAUUGGCAGAAUCUAUGCUCGCUUAACUGUUGAGUAUGAGUUGCAAAGUAAAACUGAAAUAUUGAAAAAUUACAUCUUCCAAUAAAUUAUGAAACAUUAUGGCUUUCAUUCCAAACUGUAUCAAAGAGGUUCUAAUUAACAAUAUUAGAUUUGUUAAAUUAAUGAAAAUAAAUCUUAUUGUAUAUUGAGCAGCAUUAGUAAUUAUUUUUAUUAGGCUUUUUUGUUUCUGUUUUUUUAUUUUAUUAUUUGCCCCCAUGGUUCAUUUGUUGGACAAAAUGUACUGAAAGGUGUGUACUUUCCUUGACAGGCGCUAGCUGCAGACCAUUUAUUGUAGGGACAUAAUUGUGUAAAGGCUUUUGAAAUAACCGUUCAUUUUCUAGACAUAAUCUUUAACCAAUAUUUAUCAUUGUUUUUUCCUUCACUGAAUUAAUUUAACCAAUACAAAUAAUCAUGGCAAUAAAGCAGAUUGAAGAACUGAGACAAUGAGGGGAGACAGCGCAGAGAGAGAGAGACAGGGAGAGAGAGAGACAGGGAGAGAGAGAGGGAGGGAGGGGGGGAGAGAGAGAGAUCAUGUGUGAUGUGGGAGUGACUGGGAGCUACAGGUUCGUAUAAGAUCUCCACGGAUGGAGGGGUGACGAACACUACGCUCCAGUGUUGCUGUUGUCCAGCCUUUCCUGGCAGUGAGAGACGAUGAGAGCGGAGGGCACCGAGUGAAGAGGAACAGCAGGGACGCUCGCAACUGACACCAGAAGAAAUAGCCAGCCGCCCGUUCUUCUUCUCCAGGACCGGCUGUGAGGAUGAAGAAAGCUGCACUGGCGCUGUUUUGUUGCCUGGUCAUGUCUCUAUCAGGCUCCCCUCUCUACCCGUCCAUCAGGUUCGGCCAGAGGGACACAUCCAUCCUGAUGACAUCUUCAGUGGAGAAUCCAGCAGAGCAGCGGCAGGACGACACAAGUCUCCCCAGGGAGCGAGCAGAGUUACGCUCCGGACGCCACGCCGAUGCCAUCUUCACCAACAGUUACAGGAAAGUGCUGGGCCAAAUCUCUGCCAGGAAGUUCCUUCAGACCAUCAUGGGCAAACGGCUCCGAGAGAAAAGUGAGAGCUACGUGAAACGUCAAUCAGACAUCUACGAAGGCACCUACAAGGAAGAUCUAACGUCCAUCCAGAGCAACCGAAGGUACGGAGGGGCCCCGGGGUGAGAAGGACGUGUCGGUCCGUCACUAACUCUCCUCUCCACAGACUGCUCAGCUGAGACCUGGGGAGCUCCUUCAUCACCAGUUCCUCCAAAAGGCUCUCCUUUGGAUAAAAAUGAUGUUGUCACUGUUUUUUUUUUAUUUAAGAGAAAUGUAAAGCCCAGCUCAUGACUGUGGAAUAAAUGGCACUGAGGAAAUUCAAGUUGUGCACU